GCGCGGGGUUCGGCCCCCGGCGGGGCAUAGAAAUAACGUGGUGCCGCGGUUCGGUUUUAGACGCUGGGGGGAGGACGCAGCCCCCUCCCCCGACUCCUGCGCGGUGUCCGCGAUCUCCACAGCAGCCCCUGAGGCCGCCCCCAGAGCGUCAAGAUGGCCGAGGAAAAGAGUGAAAAACUAGUGCUGGAAGAAACAGCUUUUCAAGAAAUCGAAAGGGAUUUUCAGGAGGUUCUCAAUGAACUUUCGGGAGACAAAAGCCUGGAAAAGUUUAGGAUUGAAUAUGAGAAACUUCACGCUGUCAUGAAAAAGUCUUAUGACAAUGAGAAGCGUCUCAUGGCCAAGUGCAGAGAGCUUAAUGCGGAGAUUGUGGUUAAUUCCGCCAAGGUGGCCACUGCCCUGAAGGUCUCCCAGGAUGAUCAGACCACCAUCGCAUCCCUGAAGAAGGAAAUUGAGAAGGCCUGGAAGAUGGUGGACACAGCCUAUGACAAAGAGCAGAAGGCGAAGGACACGAUUCUUGCCCUGAAAGAGGAAAUAGUGCACCUGACCAAGCUGGUGGAGCAGGGGUCCGGACUGUCCAUGGACCAAGAUAGCAACAUUCGAGAUUUACUGAAGUUCAAAGAAGAAGUGACAAAGGAGCGAGACCAGCUCUUGUCAGAAGUGGUGAAAUUACGAGAAUCCUUAGCUCAGACCACUGAACAGCAGCAAGAAACAGAGCGAUCCCGAGAAGAGGCAGAAGUGGCCAUCAGUCAGUUCCAGCAAGAGAUCCAGCUACGUCAAAAUGAAGCUUCCCGGGAGACUCGGAAGAAGGAAAAACUAGAGAAGGAGCUUAAGCAGAUUCAAACUGACAUGGACACCCGGCAGUCAGAAAUCAAGGCUCUGCAGCAGUAUGUGCAGAAGAGCAAGGAGGAGCUUCAGAGGCUGGAACAGCAGCUGAAGGAGCAGAAGAUAUUGAAUGAGAGAGCUGCGAAGGAACUGGAGCAGUUUCAGAUGAGAAAUUCUAAACUUCAACAAGAGAAUGAGCAACACAGUCUCCUUUGUGAGCAGCUAUCCCAGGAAAACCAGCAGAAGGCGUUGGAGCUCAAAGCUAAGGAGGACGAAGUCCAUCAGAUGCGUCUUGACAUCGGGAAGCUCAACAAAAUCAGGGAACAAAUCCACAAGAAAUUGCGGCUGAUUGAAGAGCAAAAGUCUGAUGUGGAGCAGAACAAGGAAACCCUAAAAAAUCAGAUUGUGGGAUUAGAGAGAGAGCUGGAGACUUCAAAGAAACAAGCAGAACUUGAUAAGAAAGCAAUGGAUGAGCUUCUGAGAGAAAGAGACAUAUUAAAUAAGAAUAUGCUUAAAGCGGUCAAUGCGACCCAGAAACAGAUAGACCUGGUAAAGCUCCAUGAGCAAGCCAAAAGGAACCUGGAGGAAGAAAUCCAGAACUACAAAGAUGAGGCUCAGAAGCAAAGAAAGAUCAUCUUUCAACUGGAAAAGGAGCGAGAUCGGUACAUUAAUGAAGCCAGUGAUCUUACCCAAAAGUUUCAGCCGAGAAUGACCUGUGGCAUGAUCUAUUCUUCUACCAUGGUAUCGAGAUUUGCCUUCUGGUUCUUUCUGUUUCGAGAAAGAAAGGUUGUUUUAACAGAAAAAGGAAAGGUAGGAGUAGGUUAUAAACUGGGACUGUGUCCUCAGAGUGCACGGAGGCCCCAGGCACCUCGAAUGGCCUUCCGGGACCAGCAUGCAGCGAUGCACCCCGAAGACACACCUGCAGGAGCAGUGGCCGAAGCCGAGCCUGCCUGA